GUGGCUAAAAUUGCCAUGGAGGAAGCAGUGAAUGAUGUAAACGCCAAUACAAGCAUUCUACAUGGAACAAAACUUGUUCUCAGUAUGGAAAAUUCCAAUUGCAGUGGUUUUAUGGGCAUGGUUCAAGCUUUGCGGUUCAUGGAGACUGAUGUAGUUGCUAUAUUAGGUCCACAAUCUUCUGUGGUUGCCCACAUACUAUCCCAUGUUGCAGAUGAGCUCCGUGUUCCUCUGUUGUCAUUUGCCGCAACAGAUCCUACGCUCUCAUCACUGCAGUUCCCAUUCUUUGUGAGGACAACACAGAGUGAUUUGUACCAAAUGACUGCAGUUGCUGAAAUCAUUGAUUAUUAUGGUUGGAAGGAGGUCAUUUCCAUAUAUGUAGAUGAUGAUUAUGGACGAAAUGGUGUGGCUGCAUUAGAUGAUGAACUAGCAAGCAGGCGCUGUAGAAUCUCCUUCAAGGCAGGAAUUAAAUCUGGACCUGGAGUUGACCGGGGUGAAAUCAUGAAUUUGCUUGUUGAGGUGACAAUGAUGCAAUCUAGAGUCAUUGUUCUCCAUGUACAUCCUGACUCAGGAUUUAUGGUCUUCAAUGUGGCACGUCAUCUUGAGAUGACAGGGAAUGGCUAUGUGUGGAUAGCCACAGAUUGGCUCUCAUCUGUUCUAGAUUCUGCUUCUCUCCCUUCAGAUACAAUGGAUGAUCUGCAGGGAGUGCUUGUUUUGCGCCAGCAUACACCUGAUUCAGAUAGAAAAAAAGCAUUUUUCUCCGGGUGGAACAAGUUAACUGGUGGCUCUUUGGGGUUACAUUCUUAUGGCCUCUACGCUUACGAUUCUAUUUGGCUGGUUGCACAUGCUAUUGAUGCAUUUUUCAACCAGGGUGGGAUCGUUUCGUGUACCAAUUACACAAGUUUACAUGAUGAUAAGGGAGGUGCUCUUAACCUUGAUGCAAUGAGCAUUUUUGAUAAUGGAACACUUCUCCUGAAUAACAUAUUGCAGAGUGAUUUUGUUGGAUUAACAGGUCCAAUGAAAUUUCAAUCAGACAGAUCUCUUGUUCGUCCUGCCUUUGAUGUUAUUAAUGUGGUUGGAACUGGGAUUCGUCGGGUUGGUUACUGGUCCAACUAUUCUGGUCUGUCAAUUAUACCUCCUGAGACAUUGUAUACUAAGCCACCUAAUAAAUCAAGUGCAAACCAGCAGCUUCAGGGCGUGCUAUGGCCUGGAGAAACAGUCUCGAAACCCCGUGGAUGGGUCUUCCCAAAUAAUGGAAAACAAUUGAGAAUUGGUGUGCCUAUCCGAGUCAGUUUCCGUGAAUUUUUAUCGCCGGUGCAGGGAACGGAUAUGUUUAAAGGUUUCUGUAUUGAUGUUUUCACUGCAGCUGUAAACUUGUUACCAUAUGGUGUUCCAUACCUCUUUGUCCCAUUCGGAGAUGGUCACAAAAAUCCAAGCUACACAGAACUUGUCAACUUAAUCACCGCUGGCUACUUUGAUGGUGCUAUUGGUGACAUUGCCAUUGUCACAAAUCGGACAAGGAUUGUAGAUUUUACUCAGCCAUAUGCUGCGUCUGGACUUGUAGUGGUGGCUCCUUUUAAGAAAAUCAAUUCUGGCGGUUGGUCUUUCCUACAGCCAUUCACUCCACAAAUGUGGCUUGUGACUGCUUGUUUCUUCUUUUUCGUUGGGAUAGUUGUAUGGACAUUGGAACACAGGAUUAAUGAUGAGUUCAGGGGUUCACCUAAACAACAAAUUAUAACCAUUUUAUGGUUUAGUCUGUCAACUCUAUUUUUUUCCCACAGAGAGAAUACGGUGAGCACUCUUGGUCGUGUGGUGGUACUCAUAUGGUUGUUUGUGGUUUUAAUCAUCAAUUCCAGCUACACAGCAAGUUUAACAUCCAUACUCACAGUGCAGCAGUUAUAUUCUCCUAUCAAUGGAAUAGAUAGCUUAAAAGCUAGUGAUGAACCUAUAGGGUUCCAAGUGGGUUCAUUCGCAGAACGUUACUUGACUGAGGAUAUUGGAAUAUCCAAAUCUAGACUUGUUGCCCUUGGAUCUCCAGAAGCAUAUGCCAAGGCACUCCAGCUUGGUCCUGAUAAAGGAGGUGUUGCUGCUAUUGUUGACGAGCGACCCUAUGUCGAAAUCUUCUUAUCAACUCAGUGCACAUUUAGGAUUGUAGGUCAGGAGUUCACCAGAAGUGGCUGGGGUUUUGCAUUCCCUCGGGACUCCCCUUUGGCUGUGGAUUUGUCAACUGCCAUUCUACAACUUUCUGAAACUGGUGAUCUGCAGCGGAUUCAUGAUAAGUGGAUGACACGAAGCACCUGUAGUUUAGAUAAUGCUGAAAUUGAAUCAGAUCGUCUUCAGCUUAAAAGCUUCUGGGGUCUCUUUCUCAUUUGCGGGAUAGCUUGCUUUAUUGCUCUUGUCAUAUAUUUUUUGCAGAUUAUGCUCCAGCUGUGGCAUUCUGAUCCUUCUGAACCUGCUUCUAAUGUUAGUUCAGUUUCUGGUCGUUUUCAAAGAUUUCUUUCCCUACUUGACAAGAAGGAAGAUUCAUCAGGGAGUGAAAGAAGAAAGAGGAAUGGAGAGGAAAGAUCAUCUGAAGAUCAAUUGGGGAGGCAGCCAAAGAGGAGACAAACUGAAACUAAUUAACCCUUUGAUGUCAUUGGUAUUUGUUGGUCUUAGCCUUUAUGCUAUUGCUCCUAUAUAAAUCCCAAAAU